AUGUCGAAAGUGCUUAACACUGACACAGAAAGUGUCGUUGCCAUGGCUGUCUUCCUGGCAGCUGCUCUUGCCCGCCCCGACCAAGAUCCAGGCUACGAUUAUUCAGCCCCUUCAUCUCCUGCAAAAUACAACGUCAACUACGCCGUCAAAGAUGAUUAUUCUAACAACGACUUCGGUCACCAGGAGGCUCGAGACGGCUAUGAUACGCAAGGAUCUUACUACGUCCUGCUUCCCGACGGUCGUCUGCAGAAGGUCACUUACUACGUCAACGGCGAUUCUGGCUUCGUGGCCGAGGUCAGCUACGAGGGAGAGGCCCAGUACCAUGCUGAACAGCCUUCCUACAAGCCAACGCCUUCGUAUGCCUAA